CUCAUGGCGGCGGCGGCGGCGGCGGCAGCGGCAGCGCCGGCGGCUCUCGGCGGCUGGAGCCGGAUCCUGUAGCCGGGGUGUGGGCCCGCGUCAGUCCGUCCCUCCUUCGGCCCCCUCUCGUCUUCCGGAGUGUGGCUGGCGGAGCCGCGAUGGCGGAGCGAGGCCUGGAGCCGUCGCCGGCCGCGGUGGCCGCGCUGCCCCCCGAGGUGCGGGCGCAGCUGGCGGAGCUGGAGCUGGAGCUGUCGGAGGGGGACAUCACCCAGAAAGGAUAUGAAAAGAAGAGGGCCAGACUCCUAUCUCCGUACAGCCCACAGACCCAAGAAACUGAUUCAACAGGACAAAAAGACAGAAACCAGACUCCUGCUCCCACUGCGGCUCAGACUUCCGCUCCUUCCAAGUACCAUCGAACUCGAUCUGGAGGGGCCAGAGAUGAGCGCUACCGAUCAGAUAUCCACACAGAAGCGGUUCAGGCUGCCCUGGCAAAGCACAAGGAGCAGAAGAUGGCUUUGCCCAUGCCCACCAAACGACGGUCCACGUUUGUCCAGUCUCCUGCGGACGCUUGCACUCCUCCAGACACGUCUUCGGCCUCUGAGGAUGAGGGCUCUCUGAGACGCCAGGCCGCGCUCUCUGCUGCCUUGCAACAGAGCUUGCAGAAUGCCGAGUCCUGGAUCAACCGCUCCAUUCAGGGAUCGUCCACCUCUUCAUCUGCAUCUUCCACGCUGUCCCACGGAGAGGUCAAAGGAACCAGUGGGUCUCUAGCUGAUGUAUUUGCCAAUACCCGAAUAGAGAAUGUCUCAGCUCCUCCUGACGUCACUGCAACUACCUCUUCCUCCUCCUCCUCCUCACUUCGCCCAGCAAACAUUGACCUGCCCCCUUCCGGCAUAGUUAAAGGCAUGCACAAAGGAUCCAACAGGUCCAGCCUUAUGGAUACGGCUGAUGGUGUUCCUGUCAAUAGCAGAGUAUCUACAAAAAUCCAGCAGCUUCUCAGCACUCUGAAACGACCCAAAAGGCCCCCCUUAAAGGAAUUUUUUGUGGACGACUCUGAAGAAAUUGUGGAAGGUAUACCUCAGCCAGAUCCCAACCAGCCGAAGCCUGAGGGCCGGCAGAUGACGCCAGUGAAGGGCGAGCCCCUCGGAGUCAUCUGUAACUGGCCGCCUGCACUGGAAUCCGCCCUGCAGCGCUGGGGCUCUACCCAAGCCAAGUGCCCCUGCCUGACCGGGCUGGACAUGUCCGGGAAACCAGUCUACACCCUCACAUACGGAAAGUUGUGGAGCAGAAGUUUAAAGUUGGCCUACACGCUGCUUAAUAAAUUGGGGACCAAAAAUGAACCUGUGUUAAAACCUGGAGACAGGGUUGCCUUGGUUUACCCCAACAAUGAUCCAGUAAUGUUUAUGGUGGCUUUUUAUGGAUGUCUCCUGGCAGAGGUGAUUCCAGUACCCAUAGAAGUACCACUGACCAGAAAGGAUGCCGGAGGUCAACAGAUUGGCUUCUUGCUAGGGAGCUGUGGGAUUGCCUUAGCUCUCACCAGUGAGAUUUGUCUGAAGGGCCUGCCAAAAACUCAGAAUGGAGAAAUUGUUCAGUUUAAAGGUUGGCCUCGCCUCAAGUGGGUUGUAACAGAUUCCAAGUACCUUUCAAAGCCUCCCAAAGACUGGCAGCCCCACAUCGCCCCCGCUGGUACAGAACCAGCGUACAUUGAGUAUAAAACAAGCAAGGAGGGGAGUGUGAUGGGGGUCACAGUGUCCCGGCUCGCCAUGCUGUCUCACUGCCAAGCUCUGUCCCAGGCCUGCAAUUACUCGGAAGGAGAGGCCGUAGUAAAUGUUUUAGACUUCAAGAAGGAUGCUGGGCUGUGGCAUGGCAUGUUUGCGAAUGUAAUGAAUAAGAUGCAUACAAUUAGUGUGCCCUACUCGGUUAUGAAGACCUGUCCUCUCUCUUGGGUCCAAAGAGUCCAUGCCCACAAAGCCAAAGUGGCUCUCGUGAAGUGUCGGGACUUACACUGGGCCAUGAUGGCCCAUCGGGACCAGAGGGACGUGAGCCUGAGCUCUCUCCGGAUGCUGAUUGUCACCGAUGGCGCCAAUCCCUGGUCUGUGUCAUCUUGUGAUGCUUUCCUGAGUCUGUUCCAAAGCCACGGACUGAGACCUGAGGCCAUCUGCCCAUGUGCCACGUCUGCCGAGGCCAUGACUGUAGCCAUCCGCAGGCCUGGAGUUCCGGGGGCUCCCUUACCAGGAAGAGCCAUUCUCUCAAUGAAUGGAUUGAGCUAUGGGGUCAUACGGGUCAACACUGAAGAUAAAAAUUCAGCACUGACAGUCCAGGAUGUGGGACAUGUGAUGCCUGGGGGCAUGAUGUGCAUUGUGAAACCAGACGGACUUCCUCAGCUCUGCAAGACCGAUGAAAUUGGGGAGAUUUGUGUCAGCUCCAGGACUGGAGGAAUGAUGUACUUUGGACUUGCUGGUGUGACCAAAAAUACAUUUGAGGUUAUUCCAGUGGCCUCUUCAGGCUCUCCUGUGGGAGACGUGCCCUUCAUCCGAUCAGGGCUGCUGGGCUUUGUAGGGCCGGGGAGCUUGGUGUUCGUGGUUGGAAAGAUGGAUGGCUUGCUCAUGGUUAGUGGUCGCAGACAUAACGCUGACGACAUUGUGGCUACUGGCCUGGCGGUGGAGUCCAUCAAGACUGUCUAUCGAGGACGGCACACUGGCCUUCUUGCUGUUCCUCAAACCUGCCAAGCUCGUGCCUACCUCAGCACCUUUCCGCUUUCCGUUCCUUCUGCCCGGAAUCCUCUUCCUCCAGAUCUUCGCGUGGCUCGCGUCCUCACCUCAUUCAGAAUUGCUGUGUUUUCUGUGUCUGUGUUUUAUGACGAGCGCAUUGUGGUGGUAGCAGAGCAAAGGCCUGAUGCCUCCGAGGAAGACAGCUUCCAAUGGAUGAGCCGCGUGCUGCAGGCAAUCGAUAGCAUCCAUCAAGUAGGCGUUUACUGUCUUGCUCUGGUGCCUGCCAACACAUUACCAAAAACUCCACUAGGAGGGAUCCAUAUAUCUCAGACGAAACAGCUCUUUCUGGAGGGAUCUCUGCACCCAUGUAAUAUCCUCAUGUGCCCACAUACGUGUGUGACGAACUUGCCCAAACCCCGACAAAAGCAACCAGGUGUCGGCCCCGCCUCUGUGAUGGUCGGGAAUCUGGUUGCCGGCAAACGUAUAGCACAAGCUGCCGGAAGGGACCUGGGGCAGAUUGAAGAGAACGAUCUGGUGAGGAAGCACCAGUUCCUGGCAGAGAUUCUGCAGUGGCGAGCCCAGGCAACUCCUGACCAUGUGCUCUUCAUGCUAUUAAAUGCCAAGGGAACCACUGUGUGCACAGCCAGCUGCCUUCAGCUUCAUAAGCGAGCAGAGAGGAUCGCAUCAGUGCUUGGUGACAAGGGACAUCUAAAUGCAGGGGACAAUGUGGUGUUGCUCUACCCUCCUGGCAUCGAGUUAAUCGCUGCAUUCUAUGGCUGCCUGUAUGCAGGGUGUAUACCUGUGACUGUGAGGCCCCCCCAUGCUCAGAACCUCACAGCCACAUUGCCCACGGUGCGCAUGAUCGUUGACGUCAGUAAAGCAGCGUGCAUUCUCACCACCCAGACGCUCAUGAGGUUGCUCAAGUCUCGAGAGGCGGCGGCAGCUGUGGAUGUGAAAACCUGGCCAACCAUCAUUGACACAGAUGAUUUACCCAGGAAACGGUUACCUCAGCUGUAUAAACCGCCCACUCCUGAGAUGCUGGCGUAUCUUGAUUUUAGUGUCUCCACAACCGGCAUGCUUACAGGGGUGAAGAUGUCCCACUCUGCGGUCAAUGCGCUCUGCAGAGCCAUCAAGCUCCAGUGUGAGCUGUACUCCUCGCGGCAGAUCGCCAUCUGCCUGGACCCGUACUGUGGUCUUGGCUUUGCACUCUGGUGUCUCUGCAGCGUCUAUUCCGGUCACCAGUCCGUCUUGAUUCCUCCUCUGGAGCUGGAGAACAACCUCUUCCUCUGGCUGGCCACCGUCAACCAGUACAAGAUAAGGGACACCUUCUGCUCCUACUCAGUGAUGGAACUCUGCACUAAAGGCCUGGGGAGCCAGGUGGAGGUGCUGAAGACCCGAGGGAUCAACCUCUCCUGCAUCAGGACCUGUGUGGUGGUAGCAGAGGAGCGGCCCCGCAUCACCCUCCAGCAGUCCUUCUCCAAGCUCUUUAAAGACAUUGGUCUGUCCCCUCGUGCUGUCAGCACCACGUUCGGAUCCAGAGUCAAUGUGGCAAUCUGUUUACAGGGAACCUCGGGGCCUGAUCCCACGACUGUGUAUGUAGACCUGAAGUCGCUGAGACAUGACAGGGUCCGUCUUGUGGAACGGGGUGCCCCCCAGAGCCUCCUCCUCUCUGAGUCUGGAAAGAUCUUACCUGGAGUAAAAGUGGUUAUCGUUAAUCCUGAGACCAAAGGGCCUGUGGGAGACUCUCACCUGGGUGAGAUCUGGGUAAAUAGCCCCCAUACAGCCAGUGGCUACUACACCAUCUACGAUAGCGAGACUCUUCAAGCUGAUCAUUUCAACACCCGCCUGAGCUUCGGAGAUGCUGCUCAGACUCUCUGGGCCCGGACAGGGUACCUUGGGUUCGUCCGCAGGACCGAGCUCACGGCAGCCACUGGAGAGCGUCACGAUGCCUUGUAUGUGGUGGGUGCGCUGGAUGAGACACUGGAGCUGAGAGGACUACGAUACCAUCCGAUUGACAUAGAGACCUCCGUGUCCCGAGUCCACAGGAGCAUUGCUGAAUGUGCCGUGUUCACAUGGACCAACUUGCUGGUGGUGGUUGUGGAGCUGUGUGGCUCUGAGCAGGAGGCCCUGGACCUGGUUCCUCUGGUGACCAAUGUGGUUCUAGAAGAGCAUUACCUCAUCGUUGGUGUUGUGGUUGUGGUGGACCCGGGGGUCAUCCCCAUCAACUCCAGAGGAGAAAAGCAGAGGAUGCACCUCCGAGACAGUUUCCUGGCUGAUCAGUUAGACCCUAUCUAUGUGGCCUAUAACAUGUAGCCGGGCCUGUGGGGCCAUCCUAAGGCUCAGAGAGACCCAAGACCCGAGGCUAGGGCAGGCUUGCAGCUGACAUGAAGAUGGCUCCAGAGUAGCCUUCAUCUCAUCCUGUGCAAUUCUGCAGUCCCAGAACACCCAGGAAAGGGGAAUUCUGCCACAGCGCGUACUAACACAGUUCCAUGCAUGUUGCAUUUUCCCCAUCUGGUAUACAUACCUGUAUUUUUACCGAAUGUUUAGACUUUUGUAAGGGAGUUCAAUGAAUUCACAUGAAGGGGUAUCUGAGUCCCACAGUUCCCCGCUCUGUACUGUAUUUUGCCAUUUUCCCGUAGUCAGGUGUUCUGCGGGGUUUCUUAAUAUGAAACUACCAAGCUUGAGUCGGCCCAUAAGCAAAUCAAAUAACCCGUGUGAGAGCCGCUUUAUAUGUCUAAUUCUCAAUUAUAAACACCUGACCAGUGUUUAAUCGUGUAAAUAAGAGUGCGCAUAACUAACUUAGCUAAGGAAUCGAGCAAUCAGCUUGCCUAGCUGCAGCUGGCGUAGCUGGGCUCCCGCCGAGGACCUGGUGUGGCGAGACCAGCUUGCCCGGCAGCAGCGCAGCGCCUCCUGUCGGUGGGCGUGUGGAGGUGCACUAGAGCUGCCUGUGUCUGUUUUUAAAGCUUGUAUCCCCAGAAUUAGCUUGAGCUUCUAAGGAUUCUUCAACCCAUUCCUCUGAGCUGAAAAAAAAAUCUCAUGUCGGAAUUUUCGAGGUAGCUAAGAUUCCUAACCCGCUGCGGAACUGCAGUAGUUCACUCGGGCCAGUGUUGAAACUGUUUUCGCAUUUAGAGUGACCGCAGAGAAUUGCGAAGUUCCGCUUUUUCCAUGCUCUGUGUCUGCAGGUGUAGAGCUUCCCCCACCCCUGAAAACUGAGGAGUACGCUCUGUCCUCCGAAGUCUGAGGGCGAUCGCCGGGCUGGGAGGCAGUGAGGUCAGCCAGCUCUUGAACUGUAGGCCACAUGCGCACAUCCCGACACUAACCAGCCCGGGCUGCCAGGAUAGCCAGGCUCCUAGGAAACAGGGAAGUCUGAUGUAUGCAAGAAACUCUUUUGAAAUAACUGGUGCCUGGGCCACACUCAGUGUGGGACUGAGUUUGGCCUCUGGCUCAGUUUCCUUUCUUUGGUCUGAAACUUCAUGUAUUUGAAUAUAGUUAAAUUUUAUUAUUUUUUUCUUACAGAAAUAUUUUUAAAAAUUAAAGAAAACUUCAAGUGAAAAAGAAUUAACCUGUUAAAUCAGAAUGGUUCUCUUUGACCUGUUCUGGUCUAUUGUGUAAAUAUUUAUUUAGACUAUUUUGAUAAUACAUAUUAUUUACCCCACUGUAACAUCCUGUAAACUAAAUGUGUUUUUAAGCAAUUUGUAAGACUUGUAAUUACCCUAAAAAUAUGGUUUAUUAAGCAAAGACCAGACUCUUCACCAGGCAGCGCUCCUGGGCCACCUUCAAUCUCAUGACUCAGCCUCUAUGGCCCCUUCUCCAUAUCGUCCCCCUCCCAGCUCCUGUUCCCCAGAAGGAAGCCCUCCAGAGCCUCCACUUCAUUUGUGUUUUGGGUAGGAUUGGUUUGCAUGUGAUGAGGGAGGUUGGGGUGUACAGGAAAGGGGUGCUGCCUCCUGGGCAGAGUAACAUCCCAUCCAGGGAUCGCUUCAUCUACAAAGGAAACAGCCUGCUUAUUUUAGAAGUCUUAAAACUGUUUUGCUUUGUUUCUUUAUUUUUUUGUUUAGUUUUGUUUCCUUUGUAUUUUGAGACAGGGUCUUUCCACGUAGCCCAAGCUGGCCUGGAACUCCACCACCCCAUUGCUGAGAUUACAGGCAUAUGUAAACUCUUAAAACAGUUUGUGAUUCUUUACCAAGCAAAGCAGGUGCCUGGGUAUUAAACAUUCUAUGUCAACAAUCUGCAAGGUCUAAGAAAAAAACUGUAGACCAAUCCAUCUUGAAUGGUAACUCUUAUGAAUGCAAAUUAUUAACUUGUUUUCACCAGCCAGGGACACAUUGUCUGAAUAAUGUGAGCCACAUCUGUAAUUUAAACUUUCCUAAUAACCACUUUUUAAAAAGAGGUUUCAUUGUGUAACCCUAGCUGCUUACUCUCUCUGUAGACCAGGCUGGUGAUAAACUCACAGAUCUUCCUGCCUCUGCCUCCUGAGUGCUGGGAUCAAAUGUGUGCACUGUACCCAGCUGAACACAUCUUUUAAACAUUUUUAAAGCAUAUGAUAUUGAUUUUAAUAUAUUUGCCAAAAGUACUAUUACUUUGAUAUAAAAUUAUUGAUUUUUUUUAAAGUUUUGGAAAACCUAUGUGCAUAUUAAACACGUUUAGUUCAGACUGGCCACUUCAGGUUUCAGUUGUCAUGUUGGAGAGUGCCGCCCUGCCACUCCUUCAAGCACAGAACUGUAGCCAGGUCAUCUCACUGUGGCCAGCUCCCAGCGCUUAGGGCAAUGAUCUAGUUGUCAUUCCCGGGUCCUCUGUUUUAAAACAAUACUGGGGUAGAACACUCUGCCACUGAGCUCAUCCCACGUAGCCCAGGCUGGCCCAGAACCUCUGCUUUCUUCCUUCUUCGGUCAGUGCUGAGUUUGUAGCAGAUGCCUCCACACCUGGCCUCAGGCCUCUGGCCUUUUACCCCUUCCUGACAAUGAUUACUUCUCCCACCCCCACCCCCAUGGCUUUGCUUUGGGUCCAUCCCCUAAAACCAGAUUAUACUGGUAGGACAAAAGCUGAGCGCUGUCCCUGGAGAGCCUCAUCAGUCCAGGCUCCCUCCUUGACAGGGUUUGUGAUAGACCCCUGAAGCAGACCUUAAUCUCCAACUUUUUUCUUAAGAAGAGUUUCUGUUGAUGGCGUCACUCUGGCCCUUUCCACAUUCAAUGGAAACUUCCUGGUUGAACUGACGGUGAAAGCCGCCCUCAAGUGAAGUCCAUCAUUACCAAAACAAAAACCAGAAUCGGCCUGCAGCCCUUCCUGACCACUGAACAGGGAGGCAGGGCCCAGUAAACUAUCUAGUUACACAAAACUCCUCUUUUUUUUUUUUAAUUUUGUGUGUUGUGUGUGUAGUAGGGUCUUACUGUAUAGCCUGUGCUGGCCUCAAACUUGAUGCUCUUGCUCAGCCUUCCAGUGCUGAAAUUACAGGUUUGUGCAACCAGCCGCACCUGGCAAGAGAAAUCUUCUAAUCUGGAAAUCUGUGAACCUUUGGCCCUCAGGAGAGGGACUGAGGUGGAUCAGGGAGUUCUAGCUGCACACAUGCCAUCCCAUGCACCUGAGCCCUCAGAAUGCCCACCGUGCACACAGAGGCCCUGUUCUCCCAGUACCAGUCCUCUCAGUGUGCGGUUGUGUUGGCUGGGCUGCUGGGGACCAUAGCCUGUCUCCUCACUUUAGUCCUGGGCCGUGCUUGCUUAAUGCUCUCCUGGAAUCCCAAGGGCCUGAGGCCUUAGGCUCUGCUACGGUCUCUGCCCCAGGCAUGGUGCUCAAUAUCUCGGCCAAAUAAGUUACUUUCCUUGAAUAUCCAGGAAUUUUAAACUAAAGCAGUGGAGACUAGUCACCUUACCCUGGAACUCCAGUAUAGCUGACUGCCUUAGUGUUCCCUGCGUCCUCUGCUUUGAUGUCAAACCCAGAGUGUCUGGAGCCAGAGGCCGCGGCAGGCCUUUGCUGUCACUCAGCAGUCCUGACUUAGGCAUGCGUAGAUGAACCAUGAGAUUUGCCCCGAGGAAGAGACUUAAAGACACAUGAAGUUUUUAGUCCUAAGUGCUGUUUUGUUUACUUUCUGUCAAGAUGAUAUUUACCCCUGUCAAAUUCAAACUAUCGUACUGUGUAAUUAUGUAUAAAGGUUUUUUUUAUUUAUUUGAAAUUAGAUUAGGUAUACAUUUUUAAAUUUAACAUCUGGCUGGACAGUGUUCUAUUAACUCAUUGAAUGUGUUUCCUUUGUCUUGUGUUAAUAAAUUUUGAUGCUUGA